AGCGUAAGCUAUACCAAGCCCCUGGUACUCAGCAGAGAUGGCGACUGCAAUCCGGCUGCUGGGACGGCGAGUUUACAGUUGGAGACUGCGGCCAUCACCGUCGCCCCUCGCUGUCCCGCAGCGGGCCCACUCGAUGUUGCCUGUGGACGAUGAUAUCAACGGGCUAAACGAGGAGCAGAAGCAGCUUCGUCACACUGUAUCUAAGUUCCUUCAAGAGAAUCUGGCCCCCAAAGCCCAAGAGAUUGAUCAAAGCAACGAUUUCAAGAACCUAAGAGAGUUCUGGAAACAGCUGGGGAGCCUGGGAGUACUGGGCAUCACUGCCCCCGCUCAGUAUGGUGGCUCUGGCCUGGGCUACCUAGAACAUGUGUUGGUGAUGGAAGAGAUAUCCCGGGUUUCGGGAGCAGUGGGCCUCAGCUACGGAGCUCACUCCAACCUCUGCGUCAACCAGAUUGUUCGCAAUGGGACCGAGGCACAGAAAGAGAAAUACCUUCCCAAGCUCAUCAGUGGUGAGUUCAUCGGAGCCCUGGCCAUGAGUGAGCCCAACGCUGGCUCUGACGUUGUCUCCAUGAGGCUAAAAGCAGAAAAGAAAGGAGAUCACUACGUUCUGAACGGCAACAAGUUCUGGAUCACCAAUGGCCCUGAUGCUGAUGUUCUAGUUGUCUAUGCCAAGACAGAUUUGACCGCUGUGCCAGCUUCUCGGGGCAUCACAGCCUUCAUUGUGGAGAAGGGCAUGCCUGGCUUCAGCACCUCCAAGAAGCUUGACAAGUUGGGCAUGAGGGGCUCCAACACCUGUGAGCUCAUCUUUGAAGACUGCAAGGUCCCCGCUGCUAACAUCCUCAGCCAGGAGAGCAAGGGGGUCUACGUUCUGAUGAGCGGGCUGGACCUCGAGCGCCUGGUGCUGGCAGGCGGGCCCCUUGGGAUCAUGCAGGCGGUCCUGGACUACACCAUUCCCUAUUUGCAUGUGAGGGAAGCCUUCGGCCAGAAGAUCGGCCGAUUCCAGCUGAUGCAGGGAAAGAUGGCCGACAUGUACACCCGCCUCAUGGCAAGUCGACAAUAUGUCUACAAUGUCGCCAAAGCCUGUGACGAGGGCCACAUCAUUGCCAAGGACUGUGCCGGUGUGAUUCUGUAUGCAGCCGAGUGCGCCACACAGGUAGCCCUGGACGGCAUUCAGUGUCUAGGUGGGAAUGGCUACAUCAAUGACUUCCCCAUGGGCCGCUUCCUUCGAGAUGCCAAACUGUACGAGAUUGGAGCUGGGACCAGUGAGGUGAGGCGGCUGAUCAUCGGCAGAGCUUUCAACGCAGACUUCCGCUAGCCGGCUAGCCCCGCAGCCCAUCGCCCCCUGGGCCCAGCACCGAGAGGCCUUUCUUUGGAAGCAGAGACAUGGCAGCCCUCUGACUUGUCUAAGGAAGCCCUGCAGCUCAGCUGCCCUUUUCCUGCCAGCCGUCUGCCCUGCGUGAAGUCGGAUUCUCCAGCCGUUCUGCUCAGUCAGGAAGCCUAAAAUGACUGCUUAAAGGAUUUCGGCUUUUCUGGGGCUUGGGGAGGGUGACAGUGUCUGCACCAUUGCUCUCUACUUCUGAAUGUGACAGCCUCACCCUCUGAGGUAGCACGUGGCAGUCACCCAAGGCACCCAACUCCUCCUCUUGGGCAGACCUCUGGCAGGGAGCCUUUCUGUCCACGGGUAAUGGAGGCAUUGCCUCUUUCUUUCUUUCUUUCUUUCUUUCUUUCUUUCUUUCUUUCUUUCUUUCUUUCUUUCUUUCUUUCUUUCUUUCUUUCUUUCUUUCUUUCUUUUUUGGUUUUUCAAGAUAGGGUUUCUCUGCAUAGCCCUGGCUAUCCUGGAACUCACUCUGUAGACCAGGCUGGCCUCGAACUCAGAAAUCCACUUGCCUCUGCCUCCCAAGUGCUGGGAUUAAAGGCACGCGCCACAACUGCCCGUGCCUCUUUCAGUUGUCAGAUACUUGUGAUCUCUUUUCUUGAGGAAAAGGCAAAAACCGUGUCCUUCUUAGCAGUUUCCCCAAGAGCUAUAGCUCAGAAUGCCUAUGUGGCAGGCCCAUGAAGGGAAGAGUCCGGUCUAGCCAGGACAACAGAGAAGGUUGGCUCCCUGGUGCACCUGAGUCUGUCUGCAUCACUCUGGCACAGGCUAGCACUGGACUUGCUCAUGUGACCUGCAGCUGACUGGGCAGCAGGCACAGGCCCUGUGGCCCAGCCAGGGUUGCCUGGCUCAAGUCCAGCCUUGCUGCCUCUGUAUAUUUCUCUAGACACCCUGUGGCUAAUGUCAUUACAAUUGCAUAUUGUAUGCUGCCAUUUUGUAUUAAACAUACUGCAAAGUAAA